AUUACCGAUUUCGAGCAGCGAUUUUCCUCCUUCUAAAUGUAUACAAGCCGCAACCCCCGCAAACGUUCGUAUCAUUAUUUCCCCUAUUAUUCUGACGGGGGUAUUUUUUAAUUUUUUUUUUUUCCAUCAUUAUUUCACCCGGUAACAAUCAACGUAUUGUUACGUCCAUACGUACAUCGUUCUGCGAGCGCUGCUCGAGUGAUUCAAUCGCCAGAACAAUCGUGGACGUGCUAACGGUCACCGCGGCGCAGUGUUCGUUUAACACCACACGCAUCCAAUAACACAUUAUAAUAAUAAUAUUAAUAACGUACGUGCUUAGUCCAUGUGAUCCGUCGAGAUUUCGGAUCAAACGUGUUUACAUAUACACACGUAAUCGAAUAUGGGACGAACCUUACCAAUCCCGGUGUGCUGUCGCGUGUGCGGCGACAAAUCGUUUGGGAAACAUUAUGGCGUAUUCUGUUGCGACGGUUGUUCCUGUUUCUUCAAACGCAGUGUCAGGAGAAGAAUCGUUUAUACGUGUAUCGCCGGCACGGGACAGUGUAUAGUGGAUAAAGCGAGAAGGAACUGGUGUCCGUUUUGUCGACUACAAAAGUGUUUGAGAGUCAAUAUGAACGUUACCGCUGUUCAAGAUGAACGGGGUCCGAGGAAGUCUAAGACACCUAAAAUUUCCGAGUGCAACAAUAUCGUACCAAAAAACUGGAAAACAAGAAGUGAAUACAUAUUCGAAAUCGGCGCCGAAAUAUUUUUGACGAGUCUACGGCAGUGUCGAUUUUGUGACCCGAUGACCAUAUUGCCCAAAGCCGACCAAAACGAAAUACUCAACAGAACGUGGCAUCAAUCGUUCGUGCUGUUGGCAGCGUUCUGGCCGACAAAUCUCAUCACACUGUUAUCCGGGCCCAGUUCGAGAGUUGAGAACAUUGUCGCCACGCUGAUCGCCAGCCAUCGGGCCAUGAGACUCGAUCCCGUCGAAUACAAUCUAGUGCUGACGCUCGUCUUAUGCCGACCCGAUCUGUGCAGCUCGGUCGAUCUCAGGAAUGACUUGACCGUCAUCGGGACCAACGCCAAGGACGCGUUGAUGAAACAUACGUCGUUCAAAUCGCCGACCAGAUACUUCGGUAUACUGGCGUGCAUACUCUCAAUCACCGACGACCUAGCGGGAUACCUGAAGAUCGUUUUCUUCGAACCGUCUGUAAGAAACGUACCGAUGAAUCACCUCGUGUCGGUCAUUACUUAGGUCGAUCAACCAGUUGUAAUUUUAUAUAGGUCAGGAAUACGUGUCGGAAACAUCAGUAGUAAACAUCAUUGUAAUUUAAUGUAUAUCAUUAUUAUUAAUAUUAAUAUCAAAACGUAAAAUAAUUGUAAGAUAUACAUUUUUUUUAACUCCCCACAUUAUAACUUAAAAAAUGGGCACCUACAUGUAAAUUCUACGCUACCUAUGUAUAAUUUUGUACUACAAUAGCUGCUUAUAUUGUUUUUUAUAUUCCUAUUUUAGUUUGUCUCCUUAAUUUGUACGAAAAAUAAUUAUCAAUACGGGUAUUCUGUUCAAUAAAAUAAAUAGUUAAUAAAAUCUUCUGUUUUGUCAUAAAUAUUGAUCUAUAACAAAUAUAUCAUACACCACUAUCACAAAUAGUUUGUACAAAAUUACAGCAAUGUUAGCAAACUAAUUGCGUACGAAUUCUUAACGCACAAUUAAUAUAAAAUUAACUUGCGUUUUUGGCUAUGGUAACCUGUACAUUCAACGGGCUCGCAUUGCUUAAACAAAUUUUGUUAGUUUACGAUUUACAUAUAUAAAACUAUUAAAUAAUUGAACAGAACACAUUUUGCUAUCGACGACUAUAAAUUGAAUAGUACAAAAAUUUGGUUGAACAAUCGUGGAAACCUAAUAUUUACUGUAAUAUUACACAUAUUUUCAUAAAUUUAAUUGUGUACAUAAAUCAUUUAAAAUAUAUACGAUUAUCUUCUUGGGAAAUUCAUAAAACUAAUACAAUCAACUGUUUAUUACUAAUAGCUAUCUGAAUAACUAUAUUAUUAUUAUUAUUAAUAGUAUACUAAUUAAUGAAUUAUUGUUAUCAUAAUAUUAAAACCGAAAUUUCUCGAUUGUUUAUACACAAGCUCGCACGUAUGGCUAUGAACAAAUGUGUACCAAUAUAAUAAUAAUUAUUUUUCUAAUUGUUAAAAAUCGUCUCAUCUAGAUAGUGUUCCUAACAUUUUGAUGCACGAUAUAGGCUUUUGUGUGUUUGUGUAAUUGUGUGUGUGUGUCGUUCAAUUAAUUUUAUGGAAUUGUGUAAAAAACCUUUCCAACCAAAACUAUUGUUCCUAUUGCACGUGUGCAACUAUAAUGUGUACAUAUUUUAUAAAUGUAAUAUUUAAUAACGGGACAAUAUUAUGAUAACAACACAAACCCCUGAAAGCAAUUUGACGGGCUGUCAAUAAAAAAUAUAAAAAACAUAUAGACAGUUGCAUAUAAUAUAGUAGGAGGUAGUAUCCUUUUCUCCGAUAACGCGUGGUCCGUAUCAAACAUACAGCAGGUCUGAUACAGUACAUAAGAAUGUAUACAUUGUCAUAACAGUAUCUUGCUGCAAUUACCGGUGCUGACUGUCAGGGCCUAGAAAAGGGGGGGGGCUAAAGGUGCCUACGCCCCGG